UUUUUGAAAAUGGUUGAAACUGUAAAUGAUCGUGAAGCAAGAAUUACGAGGUAUAGCGAACUACUUGAAGCAUUCGCAUCGUUUGAUGCCAAUAACGCUGGCUCGUUAUCUGUAAGGUACAUUAUUCCUGCUCUGCGGAAGCUUGGAUGUAAAUCAACUGAUUCGGAAAUACUAGAAGCAGUAAAAGCUGCUGAAGUUAAUCAAAACGCUGAAAAAAUUUCGUUUUACGACUUUAAAAGGAUAUAUCAGGAGGCCUGCAAAGGAGAUCCCAUGGUUUCUGCUAUCGGGAAUGCCGGUUCGAAGUCUAACCUCUAUCAUUACGGAACGUAUGGAGAUAGGGUGGAUGAUGAUACUUUACACAGCGUUAGUGAAGAGGAGCAGGUCGGAUUUUCGAGUUGGAUUGAAAGGUAAACUUGAACACUUGUAUAUUUCUCAAAAGAAAUUUGCUCGACGACCCAGAAUGUAAGCGAUACCUGCCAUUCAAAUCCGAUGGAAGUGACUUAUAUGAUAAAUGUACAGAUGGCAUCUUAUUAUGUAAAAUCAUCAAUUGUUCUAUACCAAAAACAAUUGAUCAUCGUGCAAUCAACAGACAUUUACCAUUAACUACAUAUCAAAUGCAUGAAAAUAUUACAUUAGCAUUAAAUAGUGCUAGAGCUAUUGGUUGUAAUGUUGUAAAUAUUGGAGCAGGUGAUAUAUGGAAUGGUACUAAACAUUUAUUACUUGGACUACUUUGGCAAAUUAUUAAAAUUGGACUUUUGAAACAAAUAAAUGUAGUUGCUCACGCUGAACUAGCUACUCUUCUUGAAGGAGAAGAAACAAUUAAUGAUUUUGCUAAGCUUUCUCCAGAAGAAAUUUUAAUUCGAUGGGUAAAUUAUCAUUUAAAAGGAACUGAUAGUGGAACACGUAUGGAAAACUUCUCUUUUGAUGUUCGAAACUCAGAGGUUUAUGCUUAUUUAGUGGAAAAAAUCGCUCCUCAAGAAAAGAAGCAAUACAUGCAUUCGGCUCGAGCAAUUUUAGAUGCUGUAGAUUUAGUUCAACGAGCAGAAAUGGUAUUACAAAAUGCUGAACAACUGAAUUGUCGUGUUUUUGUUCGUCCAGAAGAUAUUGUUAGUGGAUCACAAAAAUUAAAUUUGGCUUUUUUAGCUAAUUUAUUUCAUGGUUAUCCAGCAUUAGAGAAACAACCAGAAGUUGAAGUGAAAGUUGCUGAAAUUGAAGAAACACGUGAAGAAAAAACAUAUCGAAAUUGGAUUAAUUCAUUGGGUUUUCCAAAUAAUGUCAAUUAUUUAUUCUAUGAUCUUGUUGAUGGUUUAAUAUUAUUAAGAUUAUUUGAUUCAAUUCAACCACAUAGUGUUAAUUGGACAGAAGUUCAUGAACCAAUAUGCGAUACACCAGCAAAAGCUAAUUUUCAAUGUCUUGAAAACUGUAAUUAUGUUAUUAAAUUGGGACGACAAUUUGGAUUUAGUUUGGUUGGAGUUGGUGGAGCUGAUUUACAUGAUGGUAAACGUAUAAUGACAUUAGCAUUAUUAUGGCAACUUAUGCGUGCUUAUACAUUAUCUUUAUUAACUCAAUUAACUGAAGCUGAAAUUGCUAUUUCAGGAAAAUUAACUAAUUCUAAUCAUGGUACAUCUUAUCCAAUAGAAGAAAUGAAAAUUAUUGAAUGGGCUAAUCAAAAAUUAAUAAAUGCUGGAAAAUUUACAAAAAUUUCAACUUCAUCAGGAUUUACUGAUCCAAAUUUAAAAACAUCACAUGCUGUUAUUGAUUUAAUCGAAGCUAUAAGACCAAAUACUGUUGAUUAUAAUUUAGUACUUCCAGGAAAUUCCAAAACUGAACAACUCACCAAUGCUCAAUAUGCUAUAACAUUAGCUAGACGAAUAGGUGCCACAGUUUAUGCGAUGCCAGAAGAUUUAAUUGAAUUAAAACAUAAAAUGAUAAUGACAAUAUUUGCUUGUUUAAUGGCUGUUGAUUUAAAACAAAAUCGUAAAACUGUUAAUUCUUGGAAACAAGUAGAGAAAAUUGAGAUUGUGGAGAAUAGAUCAUUUCACAGUUCUACUCAUUCAAGUAGAGAAUCAUUGGAGACUAAAAGUUAUUUAUACGUUGAUACGAAUUGUAAAGAUAACUUGGAAGUUAAUGACGGUAAUAAUGAUGCUAAUGACGUGGUAGAAGAUAAUGACGUCGGAAAACCUUGCUCAAAGCCUGUCCUUCUUAAAGAUACACCUAGACCACCUCCAGAAAAAAUGUUUGUGAAAUCAUUCAGAGUAAAUUUAUCAAGUUGCCGGAAAUCACCAAUCACUAGUUUAGAUGAUGCUAGACAAUCAUAUUCACUAUUAGGAGAUCGUACUGAAGUUGAUAGUUUAGAUGGUUUAGUUACAGCUAAUUUGGUUAAAGUAACUAACAUGCGAACGAUACCUACACCAAAUCGUUCUCGAUCUCCAAUUAAGCAUCAUCAUCAUGGUAUGAACUAUCAUUAUACGAAGUCAUCUUCACGAUCAUGGUCUCCUGUUGACUUACCAAUCAACACUUCUAAUAAAACAUACACAAAAUAUGUGAAUCAACUUUCCAAAUCAACACCUUCAGUUAAUCAAGUUGGUCUCAAUCAUCCUCAGAAAAGUUUUUCCCCAGUGCUAACCAAUAAUAAACAACAUUCACGUUCAGCAACACAAAGUCCACACGAAAAUAAACAAAAUACUACAGACAACCGUGAUUCACCAUUCACUACAGAGAAAGAAUAUAUUGAAGAGAAAACAACUCAUAGUACAUUAUAUACACUAGUGUAUCCAAAAGAACAUUUUAUAGAUUUAAAACCAUCUAGAUACACCAAUAGUUUAAACAAUACAAUUAAAACAACAUCAGUCACUACCACUACCACUACAAAAAAUCGGCCACAUGGAGGAGGUCGUUUAUUUCUAGCUACUGGUGCAAAGAAAGAUCUAAUCAUUUAAUGAAUGGUAGUUAAUAACCUCGAACACUUUCUAUUAUCUAAUCGAAUUUCUUUCCCACUAAUUACUUUAAUUAAUCAACCUCUUUAUAUACAUAUAUAUAACACAAGAUUUGAUUUGGUUGGAUAUUGGACGAUUUUUCAAGACAUAUCCUUCCUAUUGAAAACUCAAUCCAAGAAAACCAGUAGAGAUUUUGAUUUUGAUGAAAAAUGUUUUUCUUUUCUUCUCUCAUAACCAAAAAGAAAGUAAAUUAACAUGUUUAACAUCUUUUGUUUUAAUUAAUUACUCGAAAAAAAGGUAAUAAAAGUUUAUUUUAUUUUGUGUGUGUGUGUGUAUGUUUAAUUCAGGCUUCUUUACUUUUUAAGUAUGUAAGACAUUGGUGACUGGGUUUAUCAACGAUUAAGAAUAGCUGAACAACCAAUGAAAACCAAAGAGCAUUGCCUUUUAUUCAAUAGAAUAUAUAUAUUAUGAAACAUUGAAUAGUUGUUUCGAUUUCAUAUGGAAUAUUGUGUGUUUACUGAAUGGGCAACUCAGUUAUGCAUAUGAAACAGAUAACCGACAUUUUGAAUCCUACUGGUUCUUUAAAUAAAAAGAAUCUUCAUGAGAACACACUGGUAACUGAUUUCUAGUUGAGCCUCUUAAGAUUUUAACAGUUAGCUAUAAAGUGUUGAGUUAAUCAAGUUGUUUUCUUAGAUGAUUUUGGGUAACUGAUAUGAUGUAUCCACUGCAUACUUACAUCAUCAUUUAUGGCAUUGCAUCCAUCUGAGAGUGAAAUUAUGUCCUCGCAAAAAAAAUUGUCUAGUAUGAAAUUACAGAGCAUCCCAAUAAAACCUGAGAACCAUAUGCCAAAUCUUUAAUUUGCAAAAUGUCUAUCAAUUGUUCCAAAAUGCCUCAGACUUCAUUGUCCUUGCCUUUUCAUACAAAUUGCAUUCUAUUCCCACUCUUGCUUUCUUGAUCUUCUGCCAUCUUCUGCUGCCAGACAUUACAUUCCUGACUCGCGUCAUAUACUACUUAUAUCAAUAUAAGUAGCACGUACCAUACUGUCACAGUACACGCUGAAUAUUCUGAGUACCAAAAUAACGUUAUCAUUCUUAUUUAUAGAGAUAUCAUUUCAAAUGAUGUAAGUGUUUAUAUACUUGGAUCGAAAC